ACAGAGAGACUCCUCCUAGAAGAGAUAAUCAGCUCUCCAGCCACUUCAGGCUCCAGUCCCCAGUCUGAACCUGUGGUAGACUCGACUCCAGUAGCAAGGCCUGAGGGAUCUGCACUGUUGUGGACGAAACUGACGGGACAUACAGACUCUUAUGAAGGUAAGCAGAAGCUACUAUGGAGGGUCACGUCACACAGAUUUCCCGAGAGGACCUGGAAGACCUGAGAGAGGCCUUUAAUAAGAUUGACAUCGAUAACAGCGGCUACGUGAGUGACUUUGAGCUUCACGAGCUGUUCAGAGAGGCCAGCUUUCACCUGCCGGGCUACCAGGUGAGAGAGAUCAUCGAGACCUUUAUCGCCGGAGACACGAACAAAGACGAGAAGAUCAGCUUCGAGGAAUUUGUCGCAAUCUAUCAAGAGCUGAAGAGCAAAAAGUUCAGUGAGACGUUUAGGAAAAGCAUCACCAGGAGAGAUGGGAUCCGCUCCUUUGGAGGACUGUCAAGGAUCUCCAGCGAGGGAACGCAGCACUCCUAUGCUGAUGAGGAGAAAGUGGCUUUUGUGAGGUGGAUCAACAAAGCUUUGGCAAAAGACACAGACUGCCAACAUCUGCUGCCAAUGAACCCCGACAAUGACAGCCUCUUCACCUCAGUCCGCGACGGCAUCCUGCUAUGUAAAAUGAUCAACAUCUCCCAACCCGACACAAUCGACGAAAGAGUCAUCAACACUAAGAAGCUUACCACCUUCACGAUGAGAGAUAAUCUGGUCCUAGCAUUGAACUCAGCCUCAUCGAUCGGCUGCACGGUGGUGAACAUUGACGCCCAGGACCUGAUGGCUGGGAAACCUCAUCUGGUGCUCGGAAUGUUCUGGCAGAUUAUCAAGGUCGGCCUCCUUGCUGAUAUAAAAAUCAGCAAGAACGAAGGUCUGAUCAACCUCCUGUUACAUGGAGAAGAGCUGGACCAUCUGAUGUCUCUGUCACCUGAGGAGUUGCUGCUCCGCUGGGUCAAUUAUCAUCUACGCAACGCAGGGACGGAAACCAUCGACAACUUCAGUGAUGAUAUCAAGGACUCGCGGGCCUACUUCCACCUGCUGAACCAGAUCGCCAUCCAUCAAGAGUAUAGCUUCAGAAGAGUCCAUAUUGAUAUGAGCGGCCUCAGCGAGAGGAAUUUGGAGCGAAGGGCUGAGCUGAUGCUACAGCAGGCGGCCAAACUGGAGUGCAGGCAGUUUGUUUCUCCUCUAGACGUCACCUCUGGAAACAGCAAACUGAACUUGGCCUUCGUGGCGAACAUGUUCAACAUGCAUCCUGGUCUGCAGCAUGCGGGUCACAUCAACGGCAUAGACGUGGCCCAAAUCGAGGAGUCCAAAGAAGAGAAAACGUUUCGCAACUGGAUUAACUCUCUUGGCGUCUCUCCACAUGUCAACUAUCUUUAUAGGGACUUGUGCGAUGGUUUGGUGAUUCUGCAGCUUUACGAAAAGGUCAAUGUGGCUGUGGACUGGAGGAGAGUAAACCAUCCUCCUUAUCCCAUCCUGGGGAAAAAUAUGAAGAAGCUGGAGAACUGUAACUAUGCGGUGAGGCUGGGCAGGGAGGUCGCUCACUUCUCUCUGGUUGGAAUUGGAGGAGAAAACAUAAAUGAGGGGAGUCAAAUGCACACCCUGGCGCUGGUCUGGCAGCUAAUGAGGAGGUACACAGUUAUGGUUUUGUCAGAUCUGGGUGACGGAGAGAGGCUUGGAGAUCAGAUCAUCCUGAACUGGGUCAACACCACACUGAGCCAGAAACGAAAGGACACACAGAUCAGCGGCUUCAAGGAUCAGCUGAUCAGCACUAGUCUGCCAGUGUUUGACCUCAUCGACAUCAUCGCUCCCGGUUCAGUCAGGUGGGAGAUGGUGAGGAAAGGAGACAAAAAACGGAUGAGUGACGAAGACAAACACAACAAUGCCAAGUAUGCCGUCUCGUUGGCUCGUAAGAUCGGAGCUCGUGUCUACGCUCUGCCUGAUGACUUGGUGGAGGUGAACCCCAAGAUGGUGAUGACGCUGUUCGCCUGCCUCAUGGGUCACGGAAUGAAAAAGGCCAACCACUGAAACAGACAUGAACAAACCUGAAUAAAAACAACCAAUGUGCAUUUCAUUUCUUUGUUUUCAGUCUUUAUCAUCAUUAUAAUCACCUUUUCUUUGGCAUAUACCUUUGCUGUAAUCACUGGACACAAAGCAAUCUAUCAUUUUCUGUUACUCUUUUAAAAAUGGUAACUUUACCUAAAGAUAGAAAUCUUUUCUCAUCAGCAGAGACACUGUUUGUUAUCUGUGAUUUUAUAGAACAAGCUCCUAAUUGUUCUUUGCUUUAUUAUAUUUAAUAAGACAUUACUAUUCUAUUUACUUCUUCUGCUAUAAGUGCAGGAAAUACAGCAGACACUCUUUCAGCAAACAUUUUAUGUCUGUAAAUGUUGUCUAUUGAAUAUUACUAUUUAAUUAUUGAAGAAGAAGAAUCUAAUAAAUGUACCAAAAAGCUG